ACAGCGUUCAAUUCGUCAUCUCAUCUGGUCUUCUUUCCUUCCCCUAUUAUUAGCAAAGAGAACGAUUCCAUAUUCUGUGUGACAGAAAGAGGAGGGAGUAAUGGAUCAUUCAUACACAGGAGGCAGCUGGACAAUGAUCCCCAACGUGCCAUCCCAUAGCAACUCCCCUGCUCACUCAAAUCAAGACCAAUUUUACAUCCACCAACAGUCCCAACAGCAGCAACAACAAUUCAAUCAAUUCCAACAGCAACAACAGCAGCAGCAAUUUCAACAGCAACAGCACCAAUUUCAGCAACAGCGUUUAAUUCAACAACAGCAACAACAGCAGCAGCAACAGCAACAGCAACAGAAUCAGCACCAUCAGUCGCUUGCCUCGCACUUCCACCUCUUACACCUCGUCGAGAAUUUAGCUGAAGUUAUCGAGAGUGGAACUCGGGAUCAGCACUCUGAUGCUUUGAUUACUGAGUUGAACAAUCACUUUGAGAAGUGCCAGCAGUUACUGAAUUCGAUUUCCGUCUCUAUUAACACAAAAGCUAUGACAGUUGAGGGUCAGAAGAGAAAGGUAGAAGAAAGUGAGCAACUGCUAAAUCAGAGGAGGGACCUAAUAGCCAAGUACAGAAACUCUGUUGAAGAGCUUAUUAAGUCUGAGCCAUGAUUGCUUGUCAUCGUGCAUGGGGUGUAAUUGCAGUUCAACAUUCUAUGCAACCAUUCAAGUUGCACAGGAAAGGGUCUCUUCUCUUUAGCACAAUGACCGUGUAUAACAUUUCCUUGACCUUCCAUUUAGUACUAGGCAGAACUUUUUUAAUCAUCUUGGAGUUGGAAGCCAUGAAAUUUUAUAUCCAAGUUCUCUAUUAUUCCAUCAUUGAUGUGCCUAAUAUUUGCACUUUCAUUGAGUUUGUUACCCUCUAAACGUCCAAAAAAAAUUCUGGCACCAGCUUACAAGCACCGUUUAUUAUUAAUAGUGAGAAACAUGGACCAUGGCAUCUACUUCAGAAUUUAUGAAUUUCUUUAUAAGAUUUGUGAUCAAUUAUAGUUGUAA